UUUUUUUUUAAAAAUAAAUUCAUUUUUCAAAAUUAAACGUAAAAAAAUAAAUUUUCAAUCAAUAGAGGCAAAAAAAUGACCUUGAAAUUUCAGACGGAAAAAAAAGACCAAUAACUUCUUGUACAGACAGAUUCGAUAAAUAUUGUAUGAAAGAACAAUUUUCCAUAUAUGAAAGUAUAAAGGAGAAAAAUAAAAAAUGAUGAAAAAUUUAAAAAUUCAACACGUCAGAAUUGCGGAGAAGAACGACAUUCAUCGAAAAUAGUCGACCAUCUCAACCGCUCGAUAAAUACACACGUGCAUUACACACUUGUCAGUGAAGAAAAAUAUAAUCAAGUGGACUAGCAAGAGAGAGAGAGAGAGAGUUGAUUGUCAAUUGGAUUUUUUUAUUUUCAAUCUCACAAUACAGACGUAAUUUUAUUUCAUUUAUAAUGAUGCUUGGAGUCUCUGGCAGCGGUGCUAUUGUUGCUUUACUUCUUCUUUUAGUAAUUAUUUGCACAGUGAGUGAAGGUGCAAGAUAUCGUGCAAAAUUUAUCCUCUUUAUUAUCUUGAGUGCAAUUUCAUCCACAUGGUGUAUUCCACUCAUGUUUUUAAGAAUAGGCGAUUGGAGAAACGCUUUAAUACCAGCAUGGGGAUGUAGACAAAUAGCAAAAUUAUUAGGAAUGAAAUUUCAUAUUCGCGGUAAGGAAAAUAUUGUUCGCGAUUCAGGAUGCAUUGUUUUUGUUAAUCAUCAAAGUUCCUUGGAUCUUUGUGUAUUAGCUGAACUUUGGCCUGUUCUUGAACGUUGCACGGUCAUUUCUAAAAAAGAAAUUCUCUAUUUGGGAACAUUUGGAUUGGCCUCGUGGCUUUGGGGCACAAUAUUUAUUGAUCGUGUCAAAGGCGCUGAGACACAUUCAACAGUUAAUUCAACAGCUGAAAUUAUUAGAGCAAGAAGGGCAAAAGUUCUCAUGUUUCCUGAAGGAAAAAGACAUUCUGGAACGACUUUGCUUCCCUUCAAAAAAGGCGGAUUUCAUGUUGCUAUUACAUCUCAAGUUCCAAUACAACCAGUUAUUGUCUCCAAAUAUUAUUAUUUAAAUGACAAAUUAAAAAAAUUUGAUUCAGGGAAAAGUUAUAUUAAAAUUCUUCCCGCAAUAUCAACGACAGGUCUCACAAAAGACGAUCUACCUCAAUUAAUGGAAAAAAUAUACGAAACAAUGAAUAAAACUUUCAAAGAAUUGACACAGGAAGUAAUUACAGAACACAUUGAAGACUUGAAAGUCGAGUAAAUUUCAAAAUUAUUUCAAUAAAUUUGAAAAAGAAGAUAUUUUUUCCAAAAAAAAAUUAUCUCGCACAAUCUUUUUUAAAAAUGGAAAGCGAAAUCUGUUGUGAUAUUUGGCAGAUCUUUGCCUAAUUCCUGCUCAUUCAUCGAUGUUAAACUGCCAAUAAAAAAAGGUAUUCACAUUCACAAGAAACUGAUAAGAAAAAAAAAAAAAAGAUUUAAAAACUUCGUACUUAUAGAAAAAGAAACAUAUUUUUCAGAAAAAAAAAUAAUUCUCUUUUUUUCAAGAAGAAUUUUUCGCAUUAAAAACAAAAAGAUCCUGUGAUUUUAAUAAUUGUAUUGCAAAAAUAUUUCCUAUUUAUUUUUAAUUUAAAAAUCAAUAACGUCCUUUAAUGAUAGUAAUUUGGAAAAUCCAUCCAACGAAAAUUAAUCUCAAUCUACAUUUUUCUAUUUUAUUUUACUUUUCUGCAAAUAUUGAACUCUUAAAUGUCACAUUUCUCAUGUCUAUUUAUUCUAUAUAUGUUAAGAACACCUAUGAGAAUUUUUAAAUUCACAAUCAAUUGAAUUGUGUACAAUGAUCUUUAAAAUAUUUUAAACUAUUUUUAUAUUCACUAGAAGAUAAAAAAAAAAAAAAUUAUUGUUAAAUACAAAUCAUGUAUGUAAUUUGUAAAUAUAAUCGAAUUAUUAUUCUCCUUAAAGCAGAACUGAUAGACGUUUAAAAAAAAAAACUAAAAAAAAAAAAAUUGCACAAAACAUAUCUUUUUACACUUGUCAUUCAAAUAUUUUUUUUGCUGUAUUUUCAUAAAUUUGACUGUAUAGAUAAAUAAUACUGUUUAUAUUUAAUAAAUAUAUUUUAAUUGUUAUUGAGAAUUAAAUUAUUUAUAAUACGAAAAUAAUUUAUUUUUCAGGUAAAAUUAUAUGAAAAUGAAAAAUGGUAUUAAAUUAUUAUUUAUUUUCUUCUUUCUAUUUUUUUUUUCAAAGAUACAUUCAUCAACAUCAUCCAUUCGAAGUCUUAAUUUUUGCAUACUGGCAAAAUAAAAAUGUAGGAAAAAUUAAUUCUAAAAUUCUCAUUCAUUCUGUAUUAUACUUAAAAUGAGACUUUGAUUUUGAAAAAAAUUUUUUUUAUCAAAAUUUUUAAGUCCCUUUUUUUCGAAAAAUACUAUUUUCAUUUUUUUUUUUUUAUGUACAAUUAGCGCUGCUUAUAUGAAUCAUAAUAGAUUCACACCUCUGUACAAAGAAAUUUAAAGAUAUAAAUAUUACUUUAAAAACAAAAUAUUUGUCACUAUUAAUGAAUGAAUUCUUUUGUUUUCAUUUUUUCUUUUUUUUUUUUUUUAAUGGGAAAAAUGAAAAAUCACAUGGGAAAAUCCGAUCAGACGAGUAAUUUUCAGGAUUCUAUAUACAGUUAAUAUCGAGUGUUUUUUUUUUUUCUUAUUCUUAAAUGAAUAAUUCGUUGUCCUGUUUUUUCUUCUUCUAUAGUAAACCUUGACGAAAAAUUACUGUAAAUUUUUUUUUUUUUUUUUUCGAAAAA